CCCAAUCCCACCAACUCAAACUACCCACUAAAAAUUAAAUCCCUAAUUUAUACACAUCAAAACCCUCCCCUUCUCCAUCCCGCAGCCUUCCUUCCUCCCGAUUUUUUUUCCUCUCUACCUCUGUUCGCGAAUUCACCGACGACGAAGGAGGGAUGGAGCCGGGACGACGGUCAUGCUCAUUAUUCCGCCGCACCCAAACAUCCUCCAGAUCCACGAAGCCUUCGACUCCGACGACUCCCUCACCCUCAUCCUCAACCUCUGCGAGCCCUACACCUUGUACGACAAGGUAAUCAAGAGCAAUGGCGGCCUCCCGGAGCCCAAAUCCACAGGGAUCAUGCGCCAGCUCCUCGAGGCCGUCGCCCAUUGCCACCGAUUCGGCGUUGUCCACUGCGACAUCAAACCGGACAACGUGCUCUUCGAUUCAAGGAACCGGGUCAAACUGGUGAACUUUGGGUCGGUCGACUGGGUCUUGGACAGCGGGUCCGGAUCGCUGCUGAGCGGGGUUUACGAGACGCCGUACUACGUGGCGCCCGAGGUCCUGAUGGGGAGGGUUUUCCGGCGAGAAGGUCGAUGUGUGGAGCGCCAGCGUCGUUUUGUAUGUGAUGCUCUCCGGGAUCCCGCAGUUUUACGGCGUCCCGAGGCUGGGUUUUGGCUGGCAGUUCAUUACGUUGGCUGGGUUCCACGCGGAUGCGCUGGUGGUGGACACUUUUGCGCAGGAUUUCGCACGCAAAGGGAUGCUGGCUUAUGUGGAGAUGAUACAGAGGGAAGAGGGGAGCAAUGGGGUUGAUACUCUGGCGCAGCAAUGUUUUAGAAAUUAGAGAUUUAAUCUUUAGUGGAUAGUUUAGUUGGUGGGUUGGGUCGGGUCGGGUUUGAUUUGGUUAGAGGGUUGGGUAGUUUUAGAUGACAUCGCGGGUUUCAAUGAAGUGGCGUGUCGGGUGAGAUUAUUUUCGGGUCAAAUAGUGUUUAUUAGGCAAUUCCGUCUGCCACGUCAUCACUUAACGAACUUUUUUAACGGAGAUGGACGGCAGCUAACGGAGAGUGACCGUUCGUGAACGGUUUUCGUAAAGUGAAGUAUCACCAAUAAAUUUAAAUAUUUCGA